GCAGAUAAUGCUGUGCGGAGCUGCUCUCUCUGCUCCCACUGCUCCCACGAUGCACUGCUUAUAGCAGCUGUCAAAGAUACUGAGGGAUCCACGGGGGGGAAAAGACUUUUACAACUGCCUGGAAGAAAGGGGUGUGAGGGAGGAGACAUCUCUGUGCAGAGCUGACCAAAGAAAAGAGUAGACAUCAGUGCAGUAUGAAUGCAUACCUCACCAAGCAACAGAGCUGCAGCCGGGGGUCCGAUGGGAUGGAUGCCGGCAGGAGUGCGCCCACACUGAUCAGGGAUGCCCACUGCGCUUGUGGCUGGCAGAGGAGCCCUCAGGGGCUCGGGUACAGUUCUCAGACCAUGCCUUCCUCAGGACCUGGGGGCGCGGCUUCAAACAGAACCAAGCUGGUCACCUUAUGGGACAGUGUGCGGAAAAGCCCCCACAAGACGAGCACCAAGGGCAAAGGAACAUGUGGGGAGCAGUGUACCUGCCCACAUGGGUGGUUCAGCCCUGCACAGGCCAGCCCUGCUCCCAUAAUUGUCAACACAGAUACUUUGGACACAAUUCCUUAUGUAAGUAACAUUUUUAUUAAGACUUUCUUUAAAAACUAUGACAGAACUUUUCCAGCUGAACUGAAAAGUCAACACGUAGUUUUGUCUUAG